GCGCCAACGGCGGCCAGCAAGGGCGCGGCAGAGAGGACCAAGCCCCAGGAGGCGGAGCUGCUGGAGCGGUGCCGCGCCCUGGAGGCGGAGCGGGACGGCCUGCGUGCGGAGCUGGACCGGCGCUCGCGCUCGCAGCUGGACCAGGGCUCCAAGCAGGCGGAGUUGCGGCCCCGCGGCGGCGCCGGUGCGGCCGUCGCGGUGGCCGACGUCGAAGCGGGCGACUGCGGCAGGGACGACGAGGAGGAGGGCAAGGUGCGCGGCGCGGACUGGCCGCUCCAGUGGUGCGCGCAGCGGCUGGCUUCGUCGGCGUUGUACCAGCGGGUGUUCUUCUCCUACCUGUUCCUGCUCCAUCUGAUCGUGAUGUUUGCGAACCGUCGCUUGUAGUGGACGACGAGAUUGGGAGGCUCGGCCGAGGCGCGAGGCGCAGCCCGAGGCGCGCGCCCCGCGAACCCUCGA